AUGGGUUCAUCCGCUGUUUCACACGGAAUCGCUCAGUUACUAGAAGGAAAGGAUGCGAAGGAAUGUAUCAUUCCAUCCGCUUUGAUUGGAAACAGGUUGUAUUUGUUGUGCGUGAGGAUAUUCCCUCCAGUUGAUGGUUGUUGCGCCGUUCGAAUAUCCUGUGAAAGUGAUCCCAGUGUACUUUAUUUCGGAGAGAUCAAGGCCAGUGAAGCAGUGGAAUGGAUUUCGGUUUUUGAGCAAUUGUCUGUAUCCUCUAAUACAGAUGACUGCUUCAUACCUCUUCGAAUUGAUCCUGCUGGUGAGCAUGUCGUCUUGGUUUGUGACUUGAACGGCGUUGUACUACGGCUUCCACUACGGAAACCGAAUCCUAGCGAGCUGAAUGACCAUCUGUUCUGCAUCAUAAAUAAGGCGAAGGCGCUCCUCGCUGAAGAAAGAAAGGCAAGGAAGGCUUUAGAGCGGCAGCUUCUAGCCAUGGAAGUUGAACUCGGAUCGGUAAGUCAAACAAAAGGCGACUUGGCAGGAAAAAGAAAUGGAGUUGCUGAAAAUGCUGCUAAAAUCACCGACUGUUCCUCCAUUCGUUCCUGA